GCAAAUAUCAUAAUUAUUCUGAAGACCACAGAAGUUUUCUCUACAGUUUACUGUUGUGUGACAAGUACACUUCUGUUGUAAAUGGAGAUUCAAGUCAAAUCAAGUCAAUGUUGAGAAAGAUGCGUGAACGGUAUUUCGAAAACCUCUCUCCGUCUAAUGAUAUUGAUGUAAAACAGCUCAAGCACGAGGUCACUGAAACCCAGAAUAAUGAGGUAACAUUUGUGUCAGACGGCAUCCGACAUGACGUCAUGUAUGCUUUCGUCACGGAGUGUCUUGUGGAGGACAGUGAUCUGGAGUUUUUCCUGACCACGGCGUCACGUGACGUGAUAUCAGAAUACUGCCGGUCCUGGGGCUAUAAGAGGAGUGAGGGAGAGAGAUGUCUGUAUGUACCGGACUAUCCAGAGAAGAUGUACGACUUCUUCAUAGACAAACUACAGCUGGACAUCAUCACACACUGUACCGUGUCUGACAGGGGGAUUCAUGACAGGAUCAGUGAACGUUUAAAGAUACCAGAAGAAGUACUUAAAUGGGAUAUCCAUGCUAGAAGAAGGUUUUUGAAAAACAUCAAGGAAAAAAGUGUGAAAAUGUUUCGCGCUAGAGGAAUGAUAGUUGGAUGUGCUGGCGCAGGAAAAACAACUCUUCUUAGAAAGCUUCACGGAGGGAAGAGAAAACAUGAAGAUACUGAAAGUGCAGAGAUAAGAACUCUUCGUAGAAAGUUUCAAAGAAGAAAGAAAACUGAUAAGGAUAGUGCAGGGUCAGAAAACGCAUUUCUUCUUAAACAGCGUCAAGAUGCAGAAUGCAUGAAUGAAGAUAAGCCAACUGAAUCAACCGUAGGUCUUGAGGUCCAUGAAGAUCUGUUUGUUAUCGAAGACAGCAAGUUAAAAGAUUUUUGUCACGAGGAAGCAAAUAGUGAAAAUCAAUAUCUUGACAACAACUUGAUAAGUAUGACGGACUUUGCUGGACAAGUGGCGUACUACGCAUGUCACCAGGUAUAUCUGUCAAGGAGGGCGUUCUACAUCGUGGUGGUCGACAUGUCUAAGAAGCUGAAGGAAGAAUGUCGAUUGUAUGACACAGAUCGUCACAACCCAACGGGUUCCUUAUUCCAUUCCUGGACAUACAGAGACUACUUCCAUUUUUGGCUCCAAACAAUAAAUACAUACUGCAGUGAUGGAAUAACACAAAGGGAUCCGAAAGACACAAGAGAAACCAAAGACUCCACGCUGAAUGUCAAUUUACACCCGGUUAUUAUUAUUGCCUCCCAUAAAGACAAGCUGGGAGGGAUUUUGCAAAAAUCGGAUGCAUUUUACGGCCAAUUAGAAGCGAGUUUGUCUGAAGAACAAACCUUGAAAAGACUUAUAUCACCAUACCGAUAUUUUGAAGUAGAAUGUCCGCCAAAAGUAUUGAGUCCAGAACAGCAAAUGUCAAUUGAUCGUGUUAAGAAGUGUAUCGUAGAAACUGUACAAAAGCUACCACAUUGGGGGGAAAAAGUUCCUUUAAAAUGGUUUGAAUUGGAGAAGAGUCUAAAUAGGAAGAAAGCAAACGGAGAAAAAGUCUUGAAGCGGGUAGAAUUGAAAGAAACGGCAAAAGCUUUUUCAAUAGACGAAGAUGACCUCAAUGAUGUUCUUCGUUUCUUACAUGAAAUUGGAAAAAUCAUAUAUUUUUCUGAGGAUAAGCUCAAGGAAACCAUUAUCAUAGAUGUGCAGUGGUUUGUUGACGCAUUCAAAUACAUCAUAACCGACGAAAAACAUUUUGCACGGAGAGACCACAACAACAUACUAGUGAAUACCGGGAAAACUACUGGGCGGUACAUUGAACAAGUGUGGGAAAGUAUUCAAUACGAUCACGAUAUCAAUAAUUUUAACAUUAAUAUUAAUGGUGAAACUCAAAAACAUCAUGAUUUCUUACGGCAUUCUUAUUUAAAUCAUAAAGAUGACAUUCUACAAUACAUGGACAAACUUGGCUUGAUGACAAGAAUUGAAACACAGGUAGGCGAUGGCGAUGAGAAAGAGAUGUAUUACAUACCGAGUAUGAACAGAACCGACCUUCCUGAGAACAAAAAAGAUGCAGUCAAUAAAAAACAAAAAUCACCCAUGAUGGUCUACUUUUUCAAGUCUUAUUUACCCCAUUUUUUCUUCUUUCGAUUAGUGGUUAAUUGUUUAAAAAACUGGAAUGUUUGCAAGGAAGAGUCUUUUUUUAAAAAUGCUGCAUUUUUCAAAGAAGAUGCUGGACAUUAUUUUGCCAUUGCCGUCAGCAAAACAUCAAUUCAACUGCAAGUUUUUACGCGUGGCGAAACAGUGAAAGACGAAUGCGUCAGGAAAAUUAGGAAGACAGUGGAAGAUAUGAUCAAGGAAAUUACAGAAACCUUUCACAAGGGAAUUUUGUACGAUAUUGGUUUUUCAUGCAUGGACAUUAAAAUCGCAGAUGAAGAUGACAGAUUCUUUUUGAAAGAGUCUGAAAUAAUCCAGGAGGUAUGGAAUUCCAUGGAGAUGUCGUGCCCAAGACAUUUUCUAGGGUCAAACGAACACACUAUUGAUACAAAUAAAAUACGUAUGUGUUUGUUAGAGAGAAAUCCCACUUUGUCUUUAAAGGACAAUUAGAACGUACUUUACAGAGCUGAAAUACUUUUGUAGUUGUUUAAAAUAGGCUUGUGCGUCGGUACAUAAAACGCUAUUUCUGAAGUGAAAAGAAGGGAGAAGAAAUACACGAGUAAAUUAUAUUUAGGAUAUUUUGGCAUAAUACUCGAAGCACACAGAGACGGGUGUAUUAUUGAGGCAUCGGAUACUUUUAUAUGAACGAGUUUUAAAAUAUUUAUAUGACCGUUUAGGCGCCACAACAGGUUGCCCUCAAGUGUAGUGUGAUGUAAUGUAAUUUAUAAUCUCUGAAUUGGCAAGGUCAUACUUUAUGUAUAUUAUUUUCU